CUCAUUAUUCCUCACAACCUCCCCAUGCCGGCUCCAAAGACCACAGGGUGGCUCAUUGGGUCCACCAUGCACCUGCUGCACCUUUGUCUGCCUGACUCAGACAUCGGUUGGGAAGACUUGUACUGGGAACGUAGCCAGCAAAGCUGGUUUGACUGGACCAUUCCGAUGACGGGUGUUCUAUUGGUUACCUCAAUUUUGAAUGCAAUGCACCUAUUUACGCAAAGCAAAACAUAUCGCCUUCAUCGUCGAACCAAGGGAGACCCCGUGUCUUCGCCUCACACCACGUUUGUAACCUCUCCCGUACGUGUGCGACCCGAUGAGCCUUCUCCGAUAGCCUCCUUCAAAACGCGCAUACUCCGCGUGAUAAAAGCCGUUAUACUUUUCCUAUGGAACUGUUUUUAUUUCCUUCUGGAAAUUCCUGCUUGGUAUCUCCACUGCCACACCUUCAUCGUCCUCACCUGCCCGAGGUGCCCCUGCAGAUCAGAUUCAACACUUGAGCAUUUAUUCCCCUGUUCAUGCUCUUAUUUGGAUUCUACGGGUCCUACAAAUUGGAUACUUAUGACGGCUGUGAUGGGUGCCGUGGGGGUUCAAACUAGCCUUCUCGUGCAGGCUUAUGAGGGGCUUGUGAAGGACCGUGCCAUUCUUGCAGCUGAAGUCAUGCAUGAAUAUAACGAAGGGUUCGUAUAUCCGCGAAUGAAUACUAUGGUAAACGUCUGGGAAGAUUAGUGAUCGCACACCACCAUCCUAGACAUAGCUACAUCAUGCAUCAGAAAGUAUACCUGACGCUAAUAUCAUUCCUGUAUGUAGAUUGAACCAUCACCAGCCAGCGCAUUCACCAUGAUAGCCUGCACCCAACUGUCAUCCCCAGCUCGUAUGGUACCAGUCGUACCUCAGCCUGAAACACUUGCAUACUAUUGUUCACCUACGUCACUCUCUUUCAAUCAUAUUGCUCUGAAAUUCAGGCACAAUGGAGGACUGGAAACUUAAUGUAGUCUACAGUAAUAACGAAGUCGCGGUGGGAGCGUUAGUCGCGGAGUACUUAUGUC